AUGCCCGAGACAUUCGAUAUAGAGCAUGUCCUAGCGAAUAUCAGCGACCAGGACAAGAUCGCUCUUUUAUCUGGAAUUGAUUUCUGGCACACGCAUCCUAUCCCCGAAUUCAACGUCCCCUCGAUUCGCGCCACCGACGGUCCCAAUGGUGUCCGGGGCACGAAAUUCUUUGCCGGCAUCCCCGCCGCAUGUUUGCCUUGCGGCACAGCUCUGGGCGCCACCUGGGACACGGAUCUGAUAUACCAAGCGGGGAAGCUGUUGGGUGACGAGUGCAUUGCGAAAGGGGCGCAUUGUUGGCUGGGACCAACGAUUAACAUGCAGCGUGCUCCCCUCGGUGGCCGUGGGUUCGAAUCAUUUGCAGAAGAUCCGCAUCUCUCGGGAAUUCUGGCCAAAUCAAUCAUCCUCGGAUGCGAAAGCAAAGGGAUCAUUUCCACGGUGAAGCAUUUCGUGGGCAACGAUCAGGAACAUGAACGCCGGGCGGUGGACGUCCUCGUCACCCAGCGAGCCUUGCGCGAGAUUUACCUACGACCCUUUCAGAUUGUGGCGAGAGAUGCGAAGCCCGGCGCACUCAUGACCUCGUAUAAUAAGAUCAAUGGGAAGCAUGUGGUGGAGGAUGCGCGCAUGCUCAAUCUGAUUCGCGAAGAGUGGAAAUGGAACCCGCUGGUUAUGAGCGACUGGUACGGAACCUACACAACCAUCGACUCCAUGAAUGCGGGCCUUGACCUGGAAAUGCCGGGGGUGUCCAGAUAUCGAGGAAAGUACCUCGAGUCCGCGAUGCAGGCUCGCCUGAUCAAGCAAUCGACUAUUGAUGCACGAGCGCGGAAGGUGUUGGAAUUCGUGAAGCAAGCGAGUCAGGUCCAAGUGUCAGAAGUGGAGCAAGGAAGGGAUUUCCCAGAGGAUAGAGCGUUGAAUCGCAGAAUCUGUGCAAACAGCAUCGUCCUUCUCAAGAACGAAGGCAUCUUGCCACUUCCAAGGGAGAUCAAAAAAAUCGCCCUUGUCGGAUCUCACAUGAAGACUCCCGCCAUAUCGGGGGGUGGCAGUGCGUCGCUUGAGCCAUAUUACUCUGUCUCGCUAUACGACGCCUGCAAAGAAGCCCUUCCCAACGUGGAGGCGCUCUAUGAAGCAGGCGCAUACGCCCAUAAGAUGCUGCCCGUGAUAGACCGUCUCCUGAGCAAUGCCGUCAUUCAUUUCUACAACGAGCCGAUGGGCAAGGAACGACAUCUGAUCAGCACUGAGCCUGUAUCGACGACGGCCUUCCAGUUCAUGGACUACUAUGCCCCCGGCCUCAACCGCGGGCUCUUUUGGGCCACACUGAUUGGCGACUUUAUGCCCGACGCAUCCGGGCUUUGGGACUUUGGUCUGAGUGUCUUUGGUACCGCAAAUCUCUACAUUGACGACGAGCUCGUGAUCGACAACACCACUAGCCAGACACGCGGGACGGCAUUCUUCGGCAAAGGCACGGUUGAGGAGCUGGGAUCGAAGGAAUUAGUUGCUGGGACUACAUACAAGAUUCGGAUUGAGUUCGGCUCCGCCAACACUACCACAAUGAAAACAGUGGGAAUGGUGAAUUUCGGUGGCGGCGCCGCGAAUAUGGGGGCCUGUCUACGGAUGGACCAGGAGGAAAUGAUCGAGAAUGCCGUGGAAGCUGCCGCAGAGGCCGAUUACACCAUUAUUUGCACCGGGCUCAACAAGGAUUGGGAAUCUGAAGGGUUCGAUCGCACGCAUAUGGAUCUGCCACCAGGAGUCGACCGGUUGAUCUCGAAGGUAUUGAAGGUCGCCGCAGACAAGACUGUCAUCGUCAAUCAGUCUGGUACACCCGUUACUAUGCCGUGGGCCGACCAAGCCCGCUGCAUUGUGCAGGCCUGGUACGGAGGUAACGAGACGGGUCAUGGAAUUGCCGAUGUCCUCUUCGGAGAGGUCAAUCCAUGCGCAAAGCUGCCUUUGUCGUGGCCGGUGGAUGUGAAACACAACCCGGCCUAUCUGAACUACGCCAGUGUGGGUGGCCGAGUGCUGUACGGCGAGGACAUUUAUGCCGGUUAUCGAUUCUACGAGAAGACUGGACGGGAGGUCCUCUUUCCAUUUGGUCACGGCCUAUCAUACACUACCUUUGAGGUCUCGCCGAAGGUUACCGUCGCCCCGGAGAUCUUCCACAUGGACCAUCUUACAGUUGCCACUGUACAAAUCAAAAACACGGGCAAACUGGCGGGCGCCCAGGUUCUCCAGCUGUACAUCUCUGCCCCCGAAUCCCCGACCCCGCGCCCAAGCAAGGAACUGCACGGUUUCGAGAAAGUAUUCCUACAGCCGGGGGAAGUAAAAACGGUUGAGAUCCAGCUAGACCGAUAUGCGACCAGCUUCUGGGAUGAGAUCGAGGAUAUGUGGAAGAGCGAGCAAGGGACGUAUGAAGUGUUGAUUGGAACCUCAAGCCAGGAAGUGGUGGCCCGCGGAAGCCCCCCAGCAAGGGAAGAAAUGGACACUUCGUCAACUGCACGACCUCGCAAGCAUUCUCGGGUGCUCACCGCAUGCGAUGCCUGUCGUCUCAGCAAGACUCGAUGUGAUUCGGCACGGCCAGUAUGCGCCAAAUGUAUCCAGCGGGGUGUAGCAUGCGAGUAUCCGGAGACGGAUGCCAUCUCAGUUCUAGAGACAUGGGGCGCAAGAAUCCUAGAAGCAGUAGAACGUCAAGAGCGGCUUCUAUCGGAGAGCCUGUCCUUGAACGUGGGGCCUCCUCUCUUUUCACAACAGGCGUCGCCAUCCCCAGUGGACGAAGUAGAUCCCGAGUCAAUCUCGCGCAAUGAUGCACCCAAGACGCCUAUCACCGGGUCGGACAUGAUUCUCAGCUGGCCUAUCUUUCCGAAAGAGAAGCCUGUGUCGACUUUUCCCAUGGCAGCGUAUUCCGAGAAGCCAGAUCGCUUUCAAACGGCUCUACCAAGCUUAGAUCCGCAAAGGCUCCUCGAACUGCGCGAGAUUUUCAUGACCAAGAUCUGGACCAAGAACCCGAUCGUUGACCGGGACCAACUAGACUCGUAUAUCGCUCGAGUGCUGGAAAAUGGCAUUGACUGGUCCGCCUCGUCGUGCUUGGUGCUACUUAUCUUUGCGCUUGCGGCCAUCUGGGGGAAUUAUCCCGACGACGAAACCCGCGAGGUUUCAUACAAUGAACCAUCGUUCAGUCCACCGAUCACUUACGUGACAAUGUCGGUUCCGGAGCACCGAAUGAAGGAAUCGUUGACCUUCCUCUCCAUGGCGCGUAAGCGCAUCUCCACUGCGUAUCUCGACGAUACCUUGCUGGGAGUACAGUGUCUCUGUCUAUUCGGAAUUUGGUAUCAGUAUAACAUCGAGCCAAUUCCGGGCUGGAAAAUGUUUCGAACGGCAUCCAUGCUAUGGCAAACGUAUCGUUUGAAGCACCGCGAGGGAAAGGCGAUCAGAAGUGCACAGGAAGAGAGUCUGGAGCAGCGACUAUAUUGGACAUGCUUAAAGUCCGAAUGUGAGGUUCGAUAUGAACUGACAGAUCUCCCGCCUUGCGACCUCAGCCUCUCCGACUUUCCUUAUUCUCUCCCAAGUUUCCCCACGAGACAACCGUCCCACGACAGCCCUGGGUGGAUGUUUUCCAAUCCCUCGUCCACAGACCUUGAAGCAGCAUCUUCCUACUAUUACCUGGCCGAGAUCUUCUUGCGCAGGCUUCUCAACCGGGCCCGCAAUGCAGUCCGUGUGCUCUCCCCGGGUAUCGACCUGCCGACCAUCAAGGUUCUGGCAGAAACUCUGACGCAGCUGGAAGGUCAACUCCAGCAGUGGGUAGACUGUCUCCCACCUACACUCCGGUUCAACAUGCCUCUCGAAUCCGCCCCUGGACCGAAGGAGGGUGAGCUCAUGAAGCUAAGUCGUGAACGAUACGUCGAGGUGCGCGAACUGCUUUGCCGCGCGUAUUUAUACCUGUGUAUUCAUGUACCACUCGACCCCGGGAUGGCAGCGCUGUAUGGGGUCAAAGCGAGCGAGGCGCUACGGUUGGCAAUUUAUCGCAUCCAGACCGAGGUGCCAUUCUUCCGGCAUCCAGGGUCAUGGGGAGCAUGUCGAGUCCGUUUCAACCAUGCGCUUUGCCUGAUUGCGGGAUUUCGCGCCAAGUUGACGCAGCGCCCCUCGGCUGAAUAUGUGAGUAUUCCUCCUGACUGGGCGGACUGUGUGCGAGUGGUCAUUGAGCGAUUAAAGGUUUGGGGCGAGGAGGGCGGAGGGAUCAAGGAGUUGAGUGUGCUGUUGGAGUGGUUGAUGCAUGGUAGCUUGGAAAUGUAG